CGCUGGCGUUCUACGUUUUGAGUUGUUAGUUGCGUUCGAACUCAGUCAUAAACGAACUGUUACGAGUGAUGGAAGAGUCAAUACGUGCUAAAUAAAACUAUUUUUGUACCAAGCUGUUAGCUUUUGAUACCAACAAGAAAUAAAUAAAUAAUAAUCAUAACAAAAAGUAAACAAUCGAAAUAAAAGUGAAAAGCAACAAUUUAUUUGCUCGCUGUGCGCGUCUCGUCGUCCAUUUUGUCUGUACUGCCCCUUCUUCCGUUUCCGGCAUUCGCAACAAAUUUUUGGCAAAGGCAGGCAGGCAGAAGUUGAAGAAGAAGAAGAAGAAGAUACAGUUGCUAUAACGCGCGCGCAACAAUCAAACAAACAACGUCUCUACUGCCCCCGCGCGCCAUUCUUCCCGCCUCCCCGCCUCCUGCGUUCCUUCGUGCGAGUCGAGUGUAAAGGACGAAGUGUGCAAAAGUAACUGCGACAUGCGAAACGCGUAACAAAACAAAACACGCAAAAAAAAGGACGCCAAAAACCGAAAAGGACACAGAUGCCAUUUCAUUCCAUGUGACAGUUGAAGAAACCCAAAAAAACGACCAAUUUGCUAACGAAAAGUCUUGAAAUUAAACUGCUGCUGCAAACUUAAUGACUGAUUUUUCUGGAACAGCAUUUACCUCCUAAACAAAAACUUUAUACUUAACCAAAAAUAGAAAUCUUUGCUAAGAAUGGCAAAUAAUUUAAUAUAAUAUUUAGGACUUGUCACUUUUUUCGAAUACAAUUAAAAUAAUAUAACUCAAGCCAAGUAGUUAGCUAACUAAAAAUAUAAUAAACAAAAUAAACGAAAGAGGACCAAGAGCAAGUGGAAGUAGAAGUGGAAGUGGAAGUCGAGGUGGAAGUGGAAGAGAGAGGAAUGCAGCGUUGUCCGUAUCUGCAUGAGAUGCGAGAACGUCUAUUGGAUCAGCCAAGAGAAACAUUACAACUCGAGAAUAUGGAGCGAGCCAAUUUGCUGGACAAUCGCCAAUCGGCAACCGAGUCGCAUCAGGUCGGCACCGUUGUCAAGCUGCAAGGAGAUGGAUACCAUACAAGUCCAGCUCAUCAGCGCACACCGUUAGUGCCACAUGAUCUGGGCGAGGAUUUCAAUUUGGAUUUCGAUGAUGACUUUCCGAUCGAUGUGCGACGACCAAAAAAUGCCAACGGCAAUCAUCCAACGGUUCUGACGCAACCACAGAAAAGGGUUUGCUACACGUUCAAGCCAAAUCCAAAUAAGCACAGUUUUAUGCCAGCGAAAAUAACGGUGCAGGGCACAUAUCAAACCAAUCCGAUAACGGGACCAAUCGAACUAUGGACAUCGCUCUUCAUUGUGACCAGCCUGGUGUAUGCGAUCCUCUUGAUAGUCGUCUGCAUUGCGUAUGUGAUCAGCGAUGUGACCACACACCGACUGCCGGUGCUCUACUACGAGACGUUCUUCACGUACCUCUACGGCACCAGCAUACUCUUCCUGUUGUACGUCUUUUGUUUCCUGCUGCAGGAGAGCUCUUGCUGUAAUGGCGGCAAUGGCGGCAGCAAACCGAAACCACAGCCCAAGGAGAAGAAAUCGAAGAAAACGAAGAAUGCAGAUCCAGCCGAUUCGAAGGAUGCGAAAGGCUCUAAGGACUCUGGCAAAGCUGGCAAAGGCGCCGCAUAUCAGGAAGCACCCGUGGAUGCCGAGGUGGCCGUCACCCCGAAGAAUGUACGCAAACGGAAGACCACGCACAGCGAUCUCACGCACGGAAGUUUCUUUUUGCGCGUCGGUGCCAUCGCUUUUGGACUUGGCGCAAUGAUCUACAUUGGAUUGGAGUUUGGAUCGUUCUUUGAGAUACCAUUCGAUUCGCCAUGCCAUCACAUACUGAUCGGUGUCAAUCCCCUGCUCCAGAUGAUCUUCACCUUCAUGCAGAUGUACUUUAUAUUCAUGAAUGCACGGACUAGGCCACCAUUUCAGCUCAACAUCCAUCGCUUCAAGGUGAUCGCUCGCUUUGGUCUAAUGCAUGUGGUGGCGACCAACAUUUGUGUGUGGAUACGCACGCUGGUCAAGGAAUCGCUGCUCGAGAUCACGAUCUAUCAUCAGAAGCGCGAAGCUGAUCCCGAUGCCUCGUCGAUCGCUCAUUCGAUACGCCAGCAUGCGUUGCGUCACGCUGGCACCGUGCUCCGCACCCAUGCCGGACCGAACAGUGAGUUCGAGGUGCUCGAUGGCGAGGAUCUGUUGCCCAAGAAUGUGUACAAGAGUGACAAUGUGCUAUCGAAGCUGGUGCGCAACACUGUCGAUGGCAUCUCGAAGAGUUUGGGCAUGGGAGGCAGCAGCAGCGAUGUGACCAGCACCGCGUUGCCCAGCACAAUAUUGCCAACAACAACAACAACAACGACCACAACACGAUUGCCAUACACAACACCUGGCUAUCAAUGGCACAGCACUACUAUGGCCCGCAAGCUGAAGAAGUUUAUCACUAGCACCACGGCUGCGACAAGCACCGUGGGUUCGAGUUCGAGUUCGAGUUCAAGUUCGAGCACCGCAUUCCCCAGCACGAUCAGCACCAGCACCAUGACCACAAGCACCACCAUCGCCAGCAACAGCCCCAGCAGCAGCAUUCCAUUCGACCUAAGCACGACCAGUGAAUCACCCUUCAGUGGCCUGCAGCGCAUCCUAUCGAGCGCUGCAUCCGCCGCCUCAUCAUCCAGUUCAACGCCCAUCGAUGUGGCCGAUAGCACGUUGCCCGCUGCUGCCAAUGCCGAUGGCGGUGCCGGUGCCGGCAGCGUUUCGUCAUUCCUCAACAAUUUGGCCGCCGCCUCAACGCCCAGCACAGCGGCAACAGCCGCAACCGCCACAGCAGCCGCCGCCGUCAGCAGCAGCACUGAGGGUGCUGUCAACAUUAUGAACAAUCUCUUUGGUCCCGGCAUGGAGAAUAGCUUCCAAACGUAUUCGGAUCUGUCGCACGAUGAGGCCAGUGCUGGUGGCGGAUUGGUGGCAUUCGAGAAUCUAGAGAGUCUGGACAGCAUCUAUCCGGCGGCGUUGUCUUCCAACAUUGGCACACUCAAUUCCACCGCCUGCGGUCGCAUUGAUAUUAUGGGCACGAUUGUUUACGAUUCGGCGCCGUAUCUGUAUCCAUUCAUCAUUGAGUAUUCGUUAAUUGGCGCGGUGGUGUUGUAUGUCAUGUGGAAGCACAUCGGUCGCUAUCCGGGACGCAUGAACGAUGAGGAUCUGGAGCAUCGGCUCGAGGUGAUGCUGUCGCGUCGCGCCGUUGCCAUGGCGCAGCAGGCACGCUCCGGUCGCGUCGAUUGCGUUGGCUCGUCGAAGGGUCUGUUCUUUGGUCUGUUGCUGUUGGUCGGCGCACUCAUUUGCUUGAUACUCUUCUUCGUCUUGGUGCGUCAUCAGCAGUUCUCGCUGUUGGCCAUUUAUCUCGCCGAUGCCAGUCACUGCAUCCUCAUGGCCUUUGCCAUACUCGCCAUCAUCAUUGGAUUCAUCAGAGUCAAGAACUUGAAAUUCCGCUGCGAGGAGCAAUCGAAUUUGAAUGACAUUUUGCUGCGCAUCUCGGCCUUUGGCCUGUUCACCUAUUCGGUGUUCAGCAUCAUUGCCGGCAGCCUCAAGGUGCUGGAGAGUGAGCCCAGCCUGCUGGUGACGACCACGGGCGGUGUUGCCGUCUUCCAGGUGAUUCUUCAGCUGCUGUUCAUUGCCGAUGUGUCGCGUCGUCGCGUCCACUUGCCGGAGCACGAUCGCAGCAAGCCGGGACGCCAGAUCGUUACCUUCCUUCUCAUCUGCAAUGUGGCCAUGUUUGCCAUCUACACAUUCGAAGCUCAAAAAGUAUUCGCCAAUCCUGUAAGUAGAUAUGUGCAACUGGAGUUCUAUGGCUUUGUGCCUUGGUCGAUCAUUCAGCGCAUCACACUGCCCCUGUGCAUUUUCCAUCGCUUCCACAGCGCCGUGACACUUGCCGAGAUCUGGAAGACCACCUACAAGGCGCGAUUGGAGUAAGCGCUCUCUCCACCUCCGAGCUGUUCGAGCUGCUAAAACCCAGGUGGUUUUCAAAUGCACCAAAAAAACAACAAACAACAAAAACAUAUAACAAAAAAAAAAAAACGAAAACAAACAAACAAUAUAACCAACCAGCAAAGUAAAGAAAAAAGAGCUAUGAAAAACAAAAAUUUAUAGCAAACCGAACACACGAAUGAAAAACAAAAACAAAAAAGAAACAAAAAACAAAAAGUUGAAAGUUAGUUUCUAAUUGCAUAUUAUACAUAUAACAUAUUGUAUAUGUAUAAACAUAAAUUUUGGUUUUUUAGUUACGCAUACGUAUAGGUUAACUAAGUUCGAAAAAUGCGAGAAAAACACAAGAAAAGAAAAUGCAAAUGAACAUGAAAAUAAACAUGAAAUGCAAUGAAAUGCAAUGAAAUGCGAGUUGUAACAAAGAGAGCUAACUCCCAAAGCGAAACAUUGGACCAUUGACGCCCCCAACAAAUUUGGUGGGCGUGUGUGUGGUUGAGGAACAGCAAGAACCAAACUUUAGAGCGUAUAAUGGAAAUGAUUGAAAUGAUCGAUCCGUCGAUUAAACGAUCUUUAUUGAUGCUAAAUACCAAACAAAACUUAAACGAAACUUUUUGGAAUCAAACAAAAAACAACUAAAACAAAAGAAAAAAACAAAUUGUUAGGAAACGAAAAGAGAAAAUGAUGAAAAUGAAAUGAGAACAAUUGCUUGUUAUUUAAUUAUGAUUAUAAUUAUAUAUAUUUUUUUUUGUGUUGGUUUCUGUUUUCAUGGGAUUUACAGCUCAGUUGGAAAACUUAAGAACUAAGUCAUAGAAUUUACAAUUUAAUAUGCUUUUCUUUUUGCUUUCGUUCUACUAAUUUUACUACGAUUUCAGCACAUAGUAUAUUAAUUAAUUAAUUUAUGUAUAUUUAUCUAUCUAUACGAUUAUAAUUAUGAAAUAAAUAUCUUUCCUUUUUCGUUUGUUUUUUUUUUUUGUUUUUUUUGUUGCUUAUGCAUAUUUAUUGUUUAACGCGCUGCAAUGUCUUUGUAACUAAAAGUUUUUAAUUGUUUUUGUUUUUGCAUAUUAAAAAGAAUCAUAACAAUUAAGUCGAAAAUGAAAAAGAAGAAUAAAAAAACUUGAAACAAGGUUGUUUACUUUCCGCGUUGAAUUUUUGGCCACUGCGCCGCAAAGUAUGCAAUGACUUUCGGGCCAAUUAACAGUCACACACAUACAUACACACACACACCACACACACACAUACAUACAGUUCACACAGACAGACGGACACGGGUAAAACUCUAUGGAAUGCCAUGAAAUGUAUUGGAAAAGGAAACAAACAAAAAAACGCGAGAAUUCGAAAAUUCGAAAAUUCAUAAAAUUCAUUCAAACAAAAACCCCAAAAGUAAAAAGAACUAAACUAGAAAAAAAUAUGCAUAUUUUGUGCAAGUUUUCGACUCAUUUUUUCCCCCGAAAAAAAAAAAAACGAAACAAUUGCCGAAGACAAACAACAACAACAAACUGUGAUGAAUUAUAUUGUUUAUUGACUUUGGAAAUAUUUUUCAUUUAUUCAGUUCUUUUUUGGAAUUUUAUACUUUUAGCAUUUUCAAUAAAACAAUGAAAAACAAAACUAAAAAACCCAAAAUUUACAAAAAAAAAACAUCGGCUUAAAAUGCGUUUAACCAACUUCAUGGCCCAAUGUAAUUAAAACAAAUGAAAAGAAAAAAAUUACCAUGACAUGAAAAAAAUUGCAAAAACACACAAAGAAACAAAACAUGUUGCGGCACUUCAAGGGAAGAAAAAGAAAUAAAAACAAAACAAAAACAAAAAGCAUGGAAAACCAAACGAAAACGAAAAGUCAAACAGAAAGAAAACAAAAAUGAAAAAAGUAAAACACAAAAAAAAAAAAAAAACAAUUUUUAAUAUUUAUAUAUAUAUAUAAAUAAAAAGUUUAUAAAUGUCCAUUUUUUGAUUAUUAGUAGUGAUGUUAAAUGAGAAACAACAAACUUAAUAGUAAUUACAAUAAUUUAAAAAAACAAAUAUGUAUGUAAUAGCUGCAAAACAAGAUAUAAAGAAAAAGCAAAACGAUAAAUGGAUUAAUAUAUGCAUAUAUAUACAUAUAUACAUAAUACAAACAAAUGUAAUCUGUCUGUCGUAUUAACAUAUAUAUGUAUAUAUACAUAUAUACAUAUGUAUGUAUGGUUUGCCAGACCUUCUUCUUCUUCUUGAGAAUCCCCCAAACAAACAAUGAAAACGAAGCGCAUUUAGAAGAUGACAAAAUGGAGGCACAGAAAACAAGAUCGAUAACGAUACCGAUAACGUUUACAAUUAACAAGUUAAGAACCAUUUUUAAAGAUAUGCAACGUAUAUCUAUAAAUAUAUGUAUACUAACCCACCAAAUUCAAAGUAUUUCAAAGUUUUAUAUCGACAAAGAAGGCGGAUUCAACAAAGUUUAGCAGCAAAUGCUGCCCAAACAAAUGCAACAAAAAUGGUUACACAGACAGCAAAACUCUUGCCAAAGACCAACAAAAUACAAAAAAAAUACAAAAACAUAUAUACAAGUAUAUCAAGAGAAAGAUACGAUGAGCAAACCGAAAGAAAAGCAAAAGUACAUUACAACACCGGAAACGGAAAGUUAUCAGAUUUGUGGUCGCAAGGAUGUGACAUUUGUGUGUUGGCGACUUCUAUAAAACAAACAAACAAAUAAACAAACAAAAAGAAAAACACUGCCGUCUCUUGUACUGCUCUCAUAUACUCUCUCACUCUCACAGACACGCACAUAUUACAUAUAUGUACAUAUAUAUAGUACUAUGUUUGUAGUGUAUUACGAAUACGUGAUCAAAGCAAUCCCCCAAACAAAACCCAAAUUCAAAUCGUGAACCCAAAAUCGACGCAUACUUUUUUGGGUACAUCAAGUACUAAUCAAAAACCAAAAAACAAAAACAAAAAAACAAAAUACAAUUGUAUUCGUACUCCGUACUUCAAAAAUCUCGUAAUCUUAAAUCAAACGUAACGUAACGUAACGUAGCGUAACGUAACGAAAUGCGUGUAGUAAGUAUAGAGAGGCCAUCGCAUGCCGUAAGUAGAUAGUUCAGCGCACUCUCUUGCAGUUUGUUCUCUCUUUCGCUCUCCUUCAUUGUACCGUAGCAUACACGUACACUCACAAAUGUACACACACAUACGCAUACAUGUGCUGGCUAUGUACACACACACAUACAAACACAUUCUGCAUCAUUUCAAAAUGGCGAAUCAGAUUCAGUUAGAAGACAUUUAAUUGUGCUUCGUUUUUUUAUUCGAGUCUUCAUCAAAAGAACAGAAAGAGAGCUCAAAUCGAGAUCGCGAAUUACAAAUAUAUAUAUCUAUCUAUAUAUAUACAUAUAUAUAUAUAUAUAUAUAUACAUAUAAUAUAUAUGCAUAUAUGUAUACACAUAUAAGAAGCGUAUAUCUAAUUGUUUUUUCUUUAAUAUUUAGUUAAACAUAAGAUCGUAUUUUAUGUAUUUUUAAUAACUACAACAUAAAAUUAUUGAAUGUUUCAACUAAGUUGUAUAAUUAUAAGUGAACUUUACAAAGAACGACGACGCCGAUGUCGAUGUCGAUGUCGAGACAACAUAAUGGAAUUAUGUAACUGUAUCUAAAACAAAAAAACAAAAAAAUCCAAAAAAAAACAAAUGUACUCGUAUAUGGUAUAUGUUAUAUGAUAUAUGUGGUUAAUAUGAUAUAUUCGGUAUGAGAAAACAUCAACAAGAACAAGAACAACAACAACAACAAGUACUAUCAUGGCUAACUUAACGCACAACAACAAGAAACAUCAACAACAACAAAACAGUACCCAGAAGAUAAUUAGUAAACGACGAAAAUGAACAAAAAAACAUAUAUACAUAUUUGCAUAUACGUGUAUACAUAAGUACAUAUAUAUAUAUAUAUAUAUAUAUAUAUAUAUAUAUACAUAUAUAUAGGCGAUUUCAGUAAAUAAUAAAAUGAAAAGAAAACAAAGUAAAUCAAUACAUACAUAUUUAUAAAUAAAUUAAAUUAAAAACGGAAAACAUUAAGCGAAAUUUACAUGCAUUUAAUAUACAUUUUCCCAUAACCGCUAAAAGUAAACAAAACAGAAAACAAAAUAUAAAAAAAAAAAACACAUAAAUAAAUAAUAAUUAUAAUAAUAAAAACAAAACAAAUCGAAAUUCGGUACAGCAACAACAUCAACACCAAGUUGUAAGCAAUUUUUAAAUCAUUGUCGCAUCUUAGACACAACCACAAACAAGUAACAACAACAACAACAACAACAACAAAUGCGAAUACACUCACGAGUAUACCCGAAACGCUCAACACUCAAACAAGGGCCACACUCAAAUUCGCAUUCACACGAACAUAUGAAUUACAUAACAAAUGCAGACAUUGAUGCAAAGACAAACAAACAAGAACUUCAACAAAAAACAAAAACAAAAAAAAAAAACACAAAAAGAAAA